UAAAGUAUACAUAUGUAUCUUUCAUAUCAUUGUAAAUAAAUAUACACAAGGUAAACUGUGUUUGUGAGCGUGGGUUUUUUUUGUUGUUAAUUAAUCACCCGAUCCGACUAAUUCGAGCAUAGUCGUAUCAUCGGAUUGUUGUGCGUGUCGUCAUAGCCGUUGUCGACUGUGCGCAGAAAUGAUCAUAACCUCACAACGAGCUGCGCAAGAGGCAGCUGCUGUAGCUUUACCUGGUCUCACCUGAGGACGACGAACUCCAAAAAGAGCAACAAGUAUACAGGGUGUGUGUAAUAUAUACAUACGUACCUUUAAAAGGGAGAAAGGAAUCACCAUCACAGUUAUACGGAGCAACGGCAGCAUCGCAGGCAAAGGCUUUUUCAUGCACAAGAUGCUGAUAACAGGGAAACCAAUCCGGAUCUAUUUUGUUCUUCAACGGUUGUAAAGUAAAAAAGGUGCUCUAUAGCCGUCUCCCUCGGCAUUUCUCGGCGGAUACCACACGUAUACACACAACAGCAGCACAGGUGUGACUAGUGCGUUUAUAUAUUUAUGUGGUAUAAAACUACACGCUUCGCAUAUGUACUCAUCGACGGAUUAUACCUGUUAUGAUACAAAAAUAAAAAUAUAGUGCUCCGAUAAUCCCAAAAGAGAACACAACCGCUCAAACACAUUUUUAUACACACGCAAACGAACACGAAUAGCGUUAAAACUGCAGACGAAAGAUGCAGGUGAUCGGCAGCGCGUCGACUGGCGGUGCAGGCGUCGUUGUCAGUGUUGGCAGCACUGCCAACAGUAUAAUUAGCAAAAAUAUGAUAAUCAGCAGUAAUAACAACAACAACAACAACAACAGUGUAGGCAACAAUAAUACCGCCGGUGCCAUGGGACCGACCCAUCUGGUCGCUCUUUACGUGGCGACGGCCGGCCAGCAGGGCAACGCUCUUGGCACCGACGAGGAAGAAAUCACGCUGCUCGUUUACGUGCUCAUCGACGCGCUCCAGAACAAAGUAAUGGGCAGACAGCAGUACGUGGUAAAGCCGAUGGUCAUGGAGGAUGAGAGUAACGGCAGUAACGGAAGCGAUAAUCCAGCUGUUGCCGGAAGCAGCGGCGUCGUCAGCGAAGCGGCCCUCGCGCACGCACCGACCCUCACCGAGGACUACCUGCGCGAGCACGGCAUUCCUCUGGCACAGGCCAUCGAACAGUUCGAAACGUGGUGGUCGUCGUUGACGUGCGUGGCGGCAGGGAGCUCGCCACGAUUCGUGGUGGAUGGUCAGGCACCGCUGAGGCAGUGCCUCCAUCCCGAGACUUGCAACAAGCUCAUCGACCUACCCAACCACUACACCGUCUUCCACGACCUCAGGAAGGAGUUCAUCUCGUGCUACUCCACCAACGACGAGCUGUCGCCAGCUAACAUUCAGGACAUGCUGAAUUACUUUAAUCUGCCGAACGACACGGAGAACGAAUAUCACGCAAAGGAAGCCGGUGACAUGAUCGCUGUCAUUCAAAGGAUGAUAAAAGAUGGACACGUUUUCGAGCACCCGGAGGUUGUUAAUCUCGUCUUAGAACCCGGCAUAUGCUCGAAAGAUGAAAAAGUAGACAACAACUGCGUGGUGAAAGCACGAGGACUGCCCUGGCAAUCGUCUGACCAGGACGUCGCGAAAUUCUUCCGUGGUCUGAAUGUGGCAAAGGGCGGCGUGGCUUUGUGUCUGAGCGCCCAAGGGAGGCGCAACGGCGAGGCGCUGGUACGUUUCGUGAGCAAGGAGCACAGAGACAUGGCUUUGAAGAGGCACAAGCACCACAUAAACCAGCGCUACAUCGAGGUGUACAAGUCGUCGGGCGAGGACUUUGUCGCGGUAGCCGGGGGCACGAAUGGCGAGGCGCACGCGUUUUUGUCGCGCGGUGCCCAGGUGAUAGUCCGUAUGCGCGGCCUGCCCUACGACUGCACGGCCAAGCAGGUGCUCGAGUUCUUCGCGGGCGGCCAAAAGCCCUGCCAGGUGCUGGACGCCGAGGACGGUGUCUUGUUCGUCAAGAAGGCCGACGGACGUGCCACCGGUGACGCCUUUGUGCUCUUCGCCAAGGAGGAGGAUGCCGCCAAGGCCCUCAGCAAGCACAGGGAUUGCAUCGGCAGUCGGUACAUCGAGCUCUUCCGUAGCACGACCGCCGAGGUGCAGCAGGUGCUCAACCGAGUCAGUGACAUCAAGCCCGUCGAGAGGAUAGUGCUGCCCCAGAUCCAGCCGAUGUUGCCGCAGCACUACAUCACGUCCGGCACUCGCAAGGACUGUAUCCGUUUGCGGGGCCUUCCUUAUGAGGCCCUCGUCGAGCACAUCCUCGAGUUCCUAGGCGACCACUCCAAGAACAUCGAGUACCAGGGUGUCCACAUGGUUUACAACGCUCAGGGCCAACCCUCGGGCGAGGCUUUCAUCCAGAUGAACAGCGAGGGAGCCGCGUACGCGUGCGCGUCGCAGCGCCACCACCGUUUCAUGAGCUUUGGCAAGAAGCAGCGCUACAUCGAGGUCUUCCAGUGCAGCGGCGACGACAUGAAUCUGGUUUUGACUGGCGCUCCGCUACCGGGUAAGGCUCUGAUCUCGCCCGGCGCCGCCCCGCCCCCCGGGCCACCCGCCCAGGCCCAGGUCUCGAUCCCUGUGCCCGCUCCCCAGCCUGCCGCGCCCCUCUGGGAUAUACACGCGUUCGUUCAGGCCCAGGCCCAAGCUCAGGUACAGGCCCAAGCCCAGGCCCAGGCGGCCCAGGCGCAAGCCGUGCAGGCCCAGGCGCUUCGCAACCAGGAUCUCUGGCUCAUGGCCCUGGCCUCGAACGGUGCGUCCAACCACCCCCACGCGGCCGUUCCCGCCCCCUCGCCCAGUUCCACCAGCAAGGCUCUGGCACUGCCCUCCAACGUGUCCCCGCAUGCGCAACACCCCCACCAUCAUCCCCAUCACCCUCACCACCAUCAUCCCAGCCUCUCGUCGGCCUACAGCCACGAGCAGCAGUUGCACGCCCAGGCAGUGGCUCAGCACCAAGCCGCGGCUGCGGCCGCCGCUGCAGCUGCCAACAGUGCGCCCCUCCUCUUCUUCAAUGUCCCCCAACACAGGAUCCCCAUUUUGCGAGCGGCCGCGCCUCCCGGCUUCCUCGGGGCCUCGUCCAUUAUUCCUGGAGCCCCGCUCAAUCCCGCCGCCCUGCUGGGCCUCAAGAGAUCCUGGGAGUCUGCCUUUCAGGCCGAGACAGCUGCGGCCGCGCCCAAACGGCCGGCUUGGCAGACACCCUCUACUGCCUUCCACGCGACAGCCCAGACUACAGCCCCGCCGACCCUUGCCUACCCCGCCCAGUUCUUCCCGCAAAUCUGAGCCGCGAGUCGCAUCCUCGAUUCUUCGUGAUAGAGCUCUUUCUGUUUUGGACCAACUAGUUUUUAUCUUUACGAGUUUUGGCUUGAUUCUUGCAGAAAAAAAAAUUUAUUUUUACUUAAUUUCAACAGAGGGUUUGACGAUCGUUUGAGCUGUGGAGAAAGUGUUUAAUUAUCGUUCAUGUACUACAACACUUUUCAGCAAGAGGUUUGCGUGUCGCUGAAUCAAAAUCAGAUUUAGCCACCGAAGUCAUCACCACAGCUUGAUGUGUUUGAUUUCGAUUGGAUGGCACGCGAGUCCCUCUUGCGGAAAAGUUUUGGAGCCAACUUACUUAUUUUACAAUUAUUUACAUAUACAUAUAUAUUUAUUUUGUAUAUAUAUUUCUAUGAACAUGUUUUCAACAAUUUGAAAGAUUUAAUUUUUGCUGACACAGCAUUCCAUUUAGUUUGUUAGACGUAAUUGAAAAUUACAAAGUUACAAGACAAUUACAUACACCUAAUCAUUGAUAAGUACUUAUUCGUUAGACAUUUUCGUUCGUAGUUGGUAGGUUUUAAUAUAUAUAUAAAUUUUUUUUUAAUAUUCCCAUGAUAAAAAAAAAUUAACAUGUUUCGUUUUCAUAAAGAAUUAAAUUGAAUAUAGUUUAUUCUACUACACAUCAUAAUCGUGACUUUUCUUGCUAUAAAUAGUAGAGGAUGAUUAUUAAAUUCUACGAUUAAAGAGACACUUGUUUCUUUUUUUUUUUUUUUUUUUUUUUUUUUUU